AUGAAACUUAUAAAACGAGGAAUAGAAAAGAACGGGCCGGGAUAUGUCGCUCUCAUCCCGGAAGAUUCCGAGGACAUGUGGCAUAUAUACAAUCUGAUACGUGUUGGUGACGUUGUCCGCUGUAAAACUAUCCGUAAGUAUUCGUCAAAACAUGUGCUACUGUAG